UUUGUUUACCUUAUAAGGAAGGUCAACAUUACCAAGUCGAAAGUGCCUGUUAUCUUCCCCUCAGUUUCAACAAAUAGUUCCCUGAACCAGAACAGUCGGUGUUAAAGAUGGCUGGGCAUUCAAUCUUGCUGGCCGCUGUCUCAGUCUUGUCCGCCUGUCAACAAAGUUAUUUUGCUUUGCAUGUAGGAAAGGCAAGAUUAAAAUACAAAGUUACACCCCCAGCAGUCUCUGGGUCACCAGAGUUUGAGAGAAUAUUUCGUGCACAACAAAACUGUGUGGAGUUUUACCCCAUAUUUCUGAUUACAUUGUGGAUGGCUGGAUGGUAUUUCAAUCAAGUUUUUGCUACCUGUCUGGGUCUGGUGUACAUAUAUGCCCGUCACCAGUAUUUCUGGGGAUAUUCAGAAGCAGCUAAAAAAAGGAUCACCGGGUUCCGGCUGAGUCUGGCGAUUCUGGCCUUGCUGACAGUCCUGGGCACCCUGGGGAUUGCAAACAGCUUUCUGGAUGAAUACAUGGACCUCAAUGUCGCCAAGAAACUGAGACGCUUCUAACGUCACCCCCUCCCUUUGCCCAAAUGCUAGCAGAAGCUGUUUCCACCCUGAAGGUUAUAUGGAGUCAAUCAAUUUUUAAAAACAAAAGUCUUUCUUUUGUUUUUCUUGAAAUGGCUUUGUAGGACCAUACCUGUUAAGAGAAUACAUUCCUGUUUAAGAAGUGAAGUCUGCUCGGACGGGAUGUAUCCAUAUCCUCAGUGCAAGUGUGCAGAGCCCUGGUUUUGUAUGUCUGCUAAAGUCAUGACUGCUUGUAUGGGCAGGAAGCAGCCUGACCAUGUGCUGGGCUUUCUGUGCCGCCACCACCAUCACCUGCCUCUGAGAUUACUUCUCUUUUGAUGGAAAGUUCCAGACAGAUGCUGAUAAGGCAGCAAGCCCACUUCAUCGGUGUAGGAAAGCAACAGAUGGCCACACGUGGGGGAAGUCAGGCAAACACAAAGAGUAGCCAGAGAAGAGAGUCAUCAACGAAUAGCACAAAACAAAUCUGGUUGUGAAAUUUACUUUAUAAAGAAAAAAGGGAAAAGGAGGGGGAAAGGCCUAUCAUUUUUAAGAAAUCUUUCAGAGACUAGUGCUCGGUGAAUGUCCUUGCCCCGGGCAGGGGAAGGAGGGCCAUGGUCACAGCUGGAGGGAGGACUGGGUUCCACUGUACUUCCUGUGUCAUGUGGGGUGUGGGGUCGGGGCAGCCGUUGGGACCCUGAUGUGCAGUCUUUGUGUGGCACAAUACAAAUGACCUUUCUUUAUUUUCCUCAUCUAUAAAAUGGGAAUGCGUUCACCCCCAGACUUCAGGGACUUUAACAAAAGGGAGUUAUGAGCACAUAUGACACAUUUUAACAUCAGGAAAACGGCUCUCUGUCAAUUUCUCUAAAGAAAUUUGGACACCCUUGAGUCUGUUGUGAGCAUCUUCAAGGAGCUGUUUAUUGGGACUUUCCUUUUUUGUGGGUACAAAGGAAGUUUAAAAAAAUUUUUUUUAAACAUUUAUUCAUUUUUGAGAGACAGAGACAGAGUGUGAGUAGGGGAGGGGCAGAGAGAGAGAGGGAGACACAGAAUCUGAAGCAGGGUCCAGGCUCUGAGCUGUCAGCACAGAGCCCAAGGACUGUGAGAUCAUGAUCUGAGCUGAAGUUGGACGCUUAGCCCUUAACUGACUGAGCCACCCAGGUGCCCCAAAGGAAGUUUUAAAGACUAUGAAUAGGGGCCUCUGGGUGGCUCAGUCGGUUAAGCAUCCGACUUCAGCUCAGAUCACGAUCUCGCGGUCCGUGAGUUCGAGCCCCGCGUCAGGCUCUGGGCUGAUGGCUCAGAGCCUGGAGCCUGCUUCCGAUUCUGUGUCUCCCUCUCUCUCUGCCCCUUCCCCGUUCAUGCUCUGUCUCUCUCUGUCUCAAAAAUAAAUGUUAAAAAAAAAAAAAGACUAUGAAUAAUAGGAAAAUAAAUAAAGGUAAACACUAGUGUUUCCAGAAUAGUGGGAAAGAACAUUACAACUCUUUGUAUCCCAAAUAGCACUACUACAUAUUCCCAAUACACUGAGAACGUAUCGGUCUGGGAACGGCGAUAUCUGGAUACUAGUCUGGGUCCCCCACUCAUUGGCUGAUGUUGACUAAGGCACCUCAUCCUUGGGGUUAGUGGAGCCAAGAGGUGGAGACCAGAGCCAGCCGGCACUAAUCCAGUUCUCCCGCCUGCUGCUCAGGCUACCGCUGCGCUUUGUAGCACUCUGCCUGUCUUCCUUGGGAAAAAUGGGGCUAAUACUCACUAAAAUGCUGUGUUUCUAUGGUCUUUCUACACUUUCGUUUUCUGAUCAGUUACAGUGACUUGUAUUGUGACAUUUUAAUUGUUUCACACAUUGAAGACAAUAAGGAAGAAAGAAUGCAAAAUUUUGACCCUGAGGAACAAUUACUGCGUAAUCAUAUCCUUCGGAAGUAGGGAAAAGAACGCACAACUUUCCCAAUCUUACACUUGAGGAUUUAUAAACAAUUUCUAUUUUGCAUCUAAACUGGAGCUAUUUAAAAAGGUAAACUACAAACACACACACACACACACACACACACAGAAUUUGGUUAAAAACUUGUGGAAAAAGAAGAUGGGUACACCAGGAUGUCAGAGCUUUGUAUCUUUAAACAUUUGAAUCAUAAAAUUUUCCUUUGUUCUAAUUCUGUUGUCACCAGGGCAAACUCUUGAUUAUUUUAAUUCCUGUACAUUUGCCUACAAGGAGCAAACAUGCUGGCCAGAGAAAUGUGAGUUUCUUUUGUUUGUGGUAUGUAUGUAUAUAUAUGUAUACACACAUACACAGGAGUUGAUGGAUUAAAAUUUUUUUUAAUGUUUAUUGAUUUUUGGGAGAGAGAGAGAGUGAGCGAGGGAGGGGCAGAGAGAGAGGGAGACACAGAAUCUGAAGCAGGCUCCAGGCUCCAAGCUGUCAGCACAGAGCCACAGGCGGGGCUCCAACCUGUGAACUGCGAGAUCAUGACCUGAGCGGAAGUUGGAUGCUUAACCGACUGAGCCACCCAGGUGCCCCAUGAUGGAUUUUAUUUUGAAUGUUUUUAUUUAUUUUUGAGACAGAGAGAGACAGAGCAUGAGCAGGGGAGGGGCAGAAAGAGAGGGAGACACAGAAUCAGAAGCAGACUCCAGGCUCUGAGCUGUCAGCACAGAGCCCGAUGCAGGGCUUGAACUCAUGGACGGUGAGAUCAUGACCUGAGCUGAAGUCGGACGCUUAACUGACUGAGCCACCCAGGUGCCCCUGGAUUUUAUUUUUAGAAAUCAGAUUCAUUGGCUCAAAAAAGUCAGUGUUAUGAAAAAAGAUGGAGAACUGCUCUUUUUUUUUUUUAAGUUUAUUAUUCUUGAGAGAUAGAGACAUAGCAUGAGCAGGGGAGGGGCAGAGAGAGAGAAGGAGACAGAAUCUGAAGCAGACUCCAGGCUCUGAGAUGUCAGCACAGAGCCGGACGCGGGGCUUGAACUCAUGAACUAUGAGAUCAUGACCUGAGCCGAAGCCAGACGCUUAACCGACUGAGCCACCCAGGCGCCCCAUAGAACUGUUCUAUAUUAAAAGAGUCUUAAGGGGCAUAAAAACCAGAUGGCAAUGUGGGAUCCUUGACGAAAUCCUGCUUGGAAAAAACCAGCUAUGGAAGACAUUUGGGAGACGAUAAGGACAAUCUGAAUAUAAAGUGAGAAUUAGAUGAUACUGAGGGAAUUAAUGUUCAUUGUGUUGUGUGACAACGAUCUUGUGGCUAGGGAAGAGAUUCUUGGGAGCUGCGUGUUGAGAGGUUGAGAGGUGAAGUAGCUAAUGUGUCGAACUUAUUUGGACAAGUAUGCACGUCAGGCAUAUAUGGCAAAGUGUGUAGUUAUUCGCUGUACCCCUGGUCUACUUUUGUUUGAUAACGUUCAUAACGAGAAGUUUCAAAAUCCUUUCUAUGAAGUUAAAACCUGAAAUCGGUUUCUUGGCAGUGGUGAAGAUCUGUUUCAAGUCGAGCACUACAGGCCUGACUGUUGGGCCACAGCACCCGUGCUGGCCCGGCAGGGACACUUGGGCCCCCUUGGGUGCAUGCUGCCAUAAUCGCCUCCACCUGUCACGUGAAAUCACGCAGGUCGUGGUAGCUUCCCCAGAGGACACCAGAGUGGUGUCAAAUGUCCUUGGAACUUCAAAAAGAGACUAGAGGAGAAGACUGGAGAGAGAAGAGGGGGAAAAAAUGAAAAAGAAAAUCUAGCGACAGAGGGCUGGCUAUAUAAACAAGUAGCCCUGUUCUGUUCCCUGGCACUUCCCCUCCCCCACGGCCCUUUGCAGGGUUGCAGGUGGGUGGGGUGAGGCCAAAAAGGUCAUUAAUAAGGAAAAAUCAGGUCAUUUGUUUUUCACCCUUUGUCUCCAGACACAGCUUUCCUUGAAAAGAAGGGUCAAGGGCUUCCGAGUGCUCAACUUUCAGCAACAAAAUACAUCUCACGGGGCAGAUGCCUGGUGACUUCCUAGAAAGAUGUUUAUUCUCCACCUCUUCCCCCACCACACAUUCACUGCAUUGGGAUUUUAAAAAGGUCAGUAAGAUUACAUCUAAGAAAUCAUCUUGAAGGAGAAGGGGAUGCCAUUCAUUCAGUGCACAAUGCGUUUUCGUGUGAAUGAAACUAUGUGGUUUUGACUACUUGGGACUAGAAGUACUCAACUCUCCUCGGCUUCAAGAUUUUAUUUCUGUUUAUCAGCCUUCCCACCCUCCACCCCCCGUCAGUUCCUUUUUCAACCUCCUGUUCUCUGGUGGAGUGCUAAGCCCUUAUCGCUGGGACAAAGCACGUUGUCAUACUGUUUUCUCCAUGCUGUCAUGUGCCAGCCAGUCUGGAACCACAGUGCCCCAUCGGUAGGGCUGGGCUGUGACUCAAACGCAUUCUUCUUCUUGGUUUGUAUCUAUUAAAACUCACCUUUGUUUUGGA